AUGUAUACUUCUUCUGCCAUGGAUAACAGAAUCACAAUUUUGGUUCAACAUAGCGGUCAAUGGGAUAUGCAACACAGGUUUAAGAAUUUUAGCGUCGAUGGGGUGGUGAUCAGUAUGGAAUGGGAUUUUAAAUCGAUUCGUUCGGAGAUAUCAAAGAUACUUGGAGUCGACGCACAAGCUGAUACGAUGGAUAUUGGAUAUUCCGUGAAAGAGAAUUUUCCACCGAUGAAAAUAUACGACAACAGGAGUUUGGGCUUGUACAUGGAGUUGAAAAGCAAAAAUUUAUCUUUCACUGAUUAUCCAUUGUGUAUAACAUUUAAAAAGCAGGAUAACGAUGGUACAUGCGCGAAUCCAGUUGUUAACAAGGCAAACUCCAAUCUUUUUCAGAAUUUGUCAAUGGUUGACAAUCUGGAAACGAUCGAUGAAGAGUGUAUAAUCGGAAUCAGUACACAUCAAGAGGUUAAUGAAGGGCAACUGUACAAAAACAAGGAUAUACUGCAAAACGUUAUGAAACAUCUUGCAAUCCGAGAGAAGUUCCAGUUCAAGGUUGAUCGUUCAAAUAAAACAAGGUAUUAUCUUGUAUGUGUGGAUGAUCAAUGCUCAUGGAAUCUUAAAGCAUCAAGCCUAAACACCUCGAAUAUAUUUAAGGUGAGAAAGUUUGAAAAAGUUCACACAUGUGGAAAUAAUUCCAGAUUAUUUUCACAGCGGCAGGCUACCUCUGAUCUCGUUGGAAGUUUGAUAAUGAACAAGUUAGAUGAUCCAAAGUUGGAGUAUACUCCAGCAGAAAUACAACGUGACCUCAAGAGGGAUUAUGGAGUUGAUUUGAACUAUAUGAAAGCAUGGAGGUCGAGGGAAAAAGCUUUUGAAAUGUUGAGAGGCAAACCAAGCGAUUCGUAUAAUAAGCUGCCAAGGUUUUUGAAUAUGUUAAUGCAUACAAAUCCUGGGUCAGUGACAAGGUUGGAAAGGUCAGAUGACGGGUGCUUCUUAUAUGUAUAUGUAGCACUUUUCUCAUCAAUUAAAGGAUGGGAGUAUUGCAUGCCUAAUGUUGUUGUCGAUGGUAGCUUUCUAAAAUCAACAUACAGAGGGACCUUACUAACGACUUGCACACAAGAUGCAGCAGGUAAAAUAUUUCCGCUCGCGUAUGCUGUGGUUAAUUCGGAGAAUGAUGCAUCAUGGGAGUGGUUCUUCCGGAAUUUGCGAGAAACAUAUGGUAUAAGGGAAGGAAUGUGCAUCGUAUCUGACAGGCAUGAAAGCAUUUUGAAGGCAACAUCAGUUGUGUAUCCUGAAGUGCCUCAUUGUGUAUGCAUAUUCCAUCUAUGGAACAACAUAAAGUUGAGGUUCAAGAAGAGCCAAAAGAAAAUAAGGCCCUUAUUUUUUGCUAUGGCUAAAGCAUACACAAUUGAGGAAUUCAACCAAUACAUGUCAGAAAUACGUAAUCUUGAUGGGAGAGUUAAAGAAUACUUAUUUGACAUUGGAUAUGAUAGGUGGUCGGUAGCGCAUUCAACGGUUAAUAGGUCCAUGGUGAUGACAUCAAAUAUUGCGGAAUCCAUGAAUUCAGCGAAUAAGGCGGCGAGGGAUUUGCCUAUCUACGAUCUGCUUGACUACUUGAUGAAGCUGGUUGCAGCUUGGAAUAACACAAACAGAAACGGAGCACUGGCAACUGGUACAACACUUAGCACAAAGUUACUCCAUCAAAUGAAGACCUAUGAAUUUCCGGUUUAUCCAAUUCCUGACGAAAGUCAAUGGGAAAUUCUUGAAUAUGUCUUAGGGGAUGCGGUUAAGCCACCAAAUGUAAGAGUUAAACCUGGCAGGCCAAAGAAGUCGAGAAUCAAAGGUGCCGUAUCAAUAUUGAGUGGCAUGAGCUGCCAUGGGAUUACAGUGGAAUAUGAGUGUGAGAUAAUUUUGCCCUUAAUUGCUUUUGAGUGA